AUUUUCAUGCAUUGAACUCAGUUAGUGAAUAAUAAGUUAAGGAACCUAACUCUUACUCUUAUCCAGAAAGGGUAGAAGCUAGUACCGCUCGCUAAGUUUCCGUAUGCUGUUCUUUACUUGAGUGAGUAAUUAUGGAGUCGCUGUCGAAACAAGAGUUGAUUUCUACGAUUACGAAGCAAGCAGACCAAAUCAAGCGCUACGAGUCCAGACUUAGAGAUGUGGUGGCAGCGUACAAAGGCUUGGCUAAAGAGAAAGAAGCCUUGGAGAUAAGUCUCAAGGCUCUAAACAAAACAGAAAAUGCUGCAGAAGGAGAUGACUCUGUGGCCGCCCUGACUGAGUCCUUGUCCACUCUGACUGCGGAGAAGUCCCGGAUGGAGGAAGCAUUCCAGGCAGACAAGAAGGUUACAAGGGAGAAGUAUGAAAGUAUGUUGGCUUCAAUGCGAGAAGAAUCCAAAGCAAUGAUGCAGCAGCACCAGGUGGAGCUGAACAACCUGAAGGCCAAGCUAGCCUAUGAGAUACAGGAGCGCGAGAAUGAGAGGGCAGACCACGCCGCCAUGCUCAAGGAACUACACCUUAAGUUGAAUUCAGAAAGGAAAACUAAGGAAAAGUUAGAAGACAAAGUUGGACAGUCAACAGAGGCUCAAUCAUCUCAGGCGGAACUAGAAAAGCGUGUGCGCGACCUGAGCAGCUCCCUGGAAGCGGCGCAGCGACGCCUACAGCGCGCGGAGGCGCGCACCGUCGAGACCCCGGCCUUGCUCGUGCGGCUGCAGAACAAACUGGCGCUGGUCGAGCAGAGCCACUCCGUCGCCAUCAGAGAGGAGCAAAUAAAAGUGAAACGCGCCGAAGAGUCAGCCCGCAAGAUCUGCGCGCGCCAAGAAGAACGAGUCGCCCUUCUAGAAGGAAGGGUAGCAGAACUCUCUGCCACCGUCGGCGAAUACGAUGCCAGGAGGAGACGGGAUCAGCAACUCAUACAGUCACUACAGGAGGCCAUGAAUGGGAAACUGGUGGACAUCAACGUGCAGAAAGAACCCCAACAAAAGAGUGAGACAGACAACGAAAAGCUAGCAGACAGCGAGUACCUCCAAACUCUCAUAGACAAAAUCCACAUCCUAAAAAAAGAACUCAUCUCCGAAAACGAGAAACUCGGCAACCCCAUAGACUUGACCACCAUUUUCAAGAUGGACGCCUACGAGAACGUCCACGCCAAGUGCAUAGAGGAGUAUGACAAUUUGAAAAUGGAAUUCGAGAAGUAUAAAGCGGAGAAUGUGCGGAAGGAGGAGGUGGAUGUGAAGAGUGAGAUGGAGAGAUUGAAGACAGAGAGAGCGCUAUUGAAGGAGAAGUUGGAGACUUAUGGUAUGAUGUUGGAGGACGAGCGGCAGGAUAAGGCAGACGCACUCAAGGCUAGCGAAGAGAAACUGAAGUCUCAACAAGACUACCACAAAGAGAUAGUGUCGGACCUGAAGACGCGCAUCCAGAGCCUCGAGAAACAAGUGGUCACCCAGCGCGACCGGUACGCCGCGCUGCUGGAAGAGACCGACCAGUACAUACGGGCCAAGAACGACCGGUCCAGGAAAGUUAGCGUCGAGAACUACAAGGAGGGCCACGGCUUGCUCACCGACGUGACGGCGCCGCCGCACAUGCUGCACUACGCGCACGAGCUGGCCAGGAAGGACCUGGACAUCUCGCAGCUGCGCAAGGAGAAGCACAUCCUCGAGGGCCACUUCAGGGAUCACCAACGUGACGCGACCAUAGAGAAGGAGCGGUUCAAAGAAGUCAUCAGAACAUUGAAAGAAGAGAUAGACAGACUGCGACGCAUCCAGUCCCGCGAAGGCGCGAACCUCGAGUACCUGAAGAACGUUGUGAUGGCGUACCUUUUGUCGACUGACUACGCCGGCCGGAGACACAUGUUGAACGCCAUCGCGGCCGUCCUGCACUUCACCGCCAGUGAGAAGAACAUGGUUAUAGCCACGUUAUGAGCUUAGACACUAGUACUGCUACGACACACAACCCUAAAGAACGUUGUAAGGCCGUUUUUUAUUUCGAUAGAAAUAUAAACUUUAAGCAGCGGCAGCUGACUUGCACGAGGCUUUAUGAUAUCGUACACCCAUUUCAGUAAAAUAAUAAGGAUUUAUCGAUUUAUUUAUUUAUUAUCAACCUUACUAUGAGGAAAAUUAUGAAACUGUAGGCAUUUUGGUAACCGGUCUGGCUCAGUCGGUAGUGAACCUGCCUGCUGAGCCGCGAUCCUGGGUUCGAAUCCCGGUAAGGGCAUUUAUUUGUGUGAUGAGCACAGAUAUUUGUUCCUGAGUCAUGGAUGUUUU